UUUUACAAAGAGAGGCAGAAGCCGGUACCUGCCCUCAAGGAGCUCACACCCUAAUGAGGAAGACAACGGGAAAAUAACUAGCAACCUAGUAGCUCUGUUCUCUCCAAGGAAGCUCUAAUGGUACCAAGUGACGGAUCCUUCUUGUGAGAGUUGGACGUCAGAACUCAAGAUGUCGGCAAUCCAGGCCGUCUGGCCAUCCGGUACAGAAUGUAUUGCCAAGUACAACUUCCACGGCACAGCCGAGCAAGAUCUGCCCUUCAGCAAAGGGGACGUGCUCACCAUAGUUGCUGUCACCAAGGACCCUAAUUGGUACAAAGCCAAAAACAAAGUCGGCCGGGAAGGCAUCAUUCCAGCCAACUAUGUGCAGAAACGGGAAGGAGUGAAAGCCGGCACCAAGCUGAGCCUCAUGCCGUGGUUCCAUGGAAAGAUCACUCGGGAGCAGGCAGAGAGGCUGCUGUACCCCCCAGAGACGGGCCUGUUCCUGGUCCGAGAGAGCACCAACUACCCGGGGGACUAUACGCUGUGCGUGAGCUGCGAGGGCAAGGUGGAACACUACCGAAUCAUCUAUUCCGCCAGCAAGCUCAGCAUCGAUGAGGAGGUCUACUUUGAGAAUCUCAUGCAGCUGGUAGAGCACUACACCACCGAUGCCGAUGGACUCUGCACUCGCCUCAUCAAACCAAAGGUCAUGGAGGGGACUGUCGCGGCCCAAGACGAGUUCUCCCGAAGUGGCUGGGCUCUCAACAUGAAAGACCUCAAGCUGCUUCAAACCAUUGGCAAGGGCGAGUUUGGGGAUGUGAUGCUCGGGGACUACCGGGGGAACAAAGUCGCCGUUAAGUGCAUUAAGAACGACGCCACCGCUCAGGCCUUCCUGGCAGAAGCUUCAGUCAUGACGCAACUCCGGCAUAGCAACCUCGUGCAGCUACUUGGGGUGAUUGUGGAGGAGAAGGGGGGCCUUUAUAUCGUCACGGAGUACAUGGCCAAGGGCAGCCUCGUGGACUAUUUGCGAUCAAGGGGCAGGUCGGUGUUGGGUGGAGAUUGCCUCCUCAAAUUCUCCCUGGACGUGUGUGAGGCUAUGGAGUACCUGGAGGCCAACAACUUUGUGCACCGGGACCUGGCGGCCAGGAACGUGCUGGUAUCCGAAGACAACAUCGCCAAGGUCAGCGACUUCGGCCUCACCAAGGAGGCCUCCAGCACCCAGGACACCGGGAAGCUGCCCGUCAAGUGGACGGCCCCCGAGGCCCUGAGAGAAAAGAAAUUCUCCACCAAGUCUGACGUGUGGAGUUUCGGGAUACUCCUCUGGGAAAUCUACUCCUUCGGCCGAGUGCCUUAUCCGAGAAUCCCUCUGAAGGACGUGGUCCCAAGAGUGGAGAAGGGCUACAAAAUGGACGCUCCGGAUGGCUGCCCAGCCGCCGUCUACGAAGUGAUGAGGAACUGCUGGCACCUGGACGCCGCCAACCGGCCCACCUUCCUGCAGCUUAGGGAACAGCUAGAGCAUAUCAAAGCCCACGAGCUGCACCUGUGAACACCAGGGUGGGGGUGGGGGCACCCCAUGGGCGUCCCGUGCCACCCUCUUCAAUCACCUAUCUCCCCUACCCUCAACACAAAGACUGAGGUGCUGUUGAGAACUGGACCAGCUCAGACUGAAUCCCGUCCUGGGAAAGACUGUGCCCACCUUUCUGGCCUCCCCCCAGGACAGGCCGGAGACAGGGGGCGGGACUCGAUCCUGGGGGGAGCAGCCGCCAGGUCCUUGAUCCCAAAGUGAUGCGGCCUCCGGCCCUGUCCCGGCUCCCCCCCAGCCCGAUCUCCCCCCGGCCUCCCGCCACCUCUUGUCCACCACAGGAGGCCCACGUUGGCCUGUCCCUCUCUCACAGGACAGCCGAGCGGGGACCAAAGGGGCUUGGGGGACCGCACUGAAACGGGAGGAAGGGGCGGACUCCCUUGUCUCCCCCUAUCCUCCUGGCUCCUGCCUGCCUCUCCUUCUCAUUUUCUUCCUUCUCCUUUUUUAUAAUUUUUUUGUGUUUUUUUUUUAAUUUUCAAGUUGAGGAGAAAAAAAAAUACCCCAUGUUGGGCAUUUUACAAGAAGUACGAAUCUCAUUCUUCAUGUAUUAAGGGCAGAGGGAAGGGAACGGAGAGCAAGGAAACGCCCCUCUCCCCAGGUUCUCCCCCUCCAGCCCUCGUCAGAAGCAGCCCCGUGCCCUCCCCUGCCCGUCUUCCAGCCUCGGGCCUCGUGUUUGCGCUUGACCCUGUCUCAAUGUUGCAUGCCGAUCCCAGAGGCCUUUGCGUUUCUGUCCGGUGCUUUAAUCUCAUGUAUUGCUGCCCACCCUGUGAGAUGAAACUGUAAUAAACCAUUCCAUGAGGACACCCAA